UACACUGUCAGGUAUAGCAUAUGGCAUAUCCCAUAUUUACUAUUUUUUUUAUGCUUUUAUGCAGAUUCCAUUGGACUCCAUUAACAUGCUAUUGCCAUUGAAAUUGUUCACGUAACUCUUUCUGUUCUCUCUCUACUCCUCUUCUUUCUCUGCAUUCAGUAACAAUGACUGCUUCUUCAGAGAAUUGCAAUUCAAGCCAGAGUUCUCUCACCAAACUUGCUCCUCUUGAAGCAGUGCUCUUUGAUAUAGAUGGAACUCUCUGUGAUUCCGAUCCUCUCCACUACCUUGCCUUCAGUGAAAUGCUUCAACAGAUUGGUUUCAAUGGUGGUGCUCCCAUAACCGAGGAAUUCUUUAUUGAGAUUGUUGCUGGCAAACACAAUGAUGAUAUAGCACGGUCUCUCUUUCCUGAUGAUCUGCCACGAGGUUUAAAGUUUGUGGAUGAUAAGGAAGCCAUGUUCCGGAGAUUGGCAGCUGAUCAACUGAAGCCUUUGAAUGGCCUUGAUAAAGUGAGGAAAUGGAUCGAAGCUCGUGGGUUGAAGAGAGCUGCAGUUACCAAUGCUCCAAGAGCAAAUGCAGAGCUCAUGAUAUCCUUACUUGGCCUCUCAGAUUUCUUUGAUGCUGUUAUUAUCGGUAGUGAAUGUGAACAUGCCAAGCCUCAUCCAGACCCCUACCUUAAAGGUCUUGAAGCUCUGAAGGCAUCAAGGGAUCACUCAUUUGUAUUUGAGGAUUCUUUUUCUGGGAUCAAAGCUGGAGUUGCAGCUGGGAUGCCUGUUGUUGGAUUGGCUACUAGAAACCCAGAAAAUCUUUUGAUGGAAGCAAAACCUGCAUUUCUGAUUAAGGAUUAUGAUGAUCCAAAAUUGUGGGCUGCUUUGGAAGAACUUGACAAGGCUAGCAGUGCUCCUUCAGUUUGAAUUACUAGUGAAACUGGCAGAAUUUAUUUCUCUUUCUUAGCAAUAAUUUCAUUGCUAGCUAGCUAUGAACCCGUGGGUCAAGCCAAGGACAUUGUAGUGCUAAAGUGUACCGUAGUUUUUGCUCAACAUAAUCAAAUCCUUCAAAUAAUUCAUAAUUACAGUAA